AUGGACCAGUGGCCUGCAGAUCUUAGGGCGACAAGGAGCAAUACCGCGGGCAGGGGCAAGGACGAGGGCGAGGACAACAGCGAAGUCGCAACGUGGACAUACCCACAGCUCGAGCACGGCGCACUGGCCGCAGCGACUCUGCACCAGCAAGGGCAUCGUCUCGAAUGGACGUUCCUUUCUGGUCGUGACAUAGGACGGAGGCUACUCUCGAGAUGUGACAGUGUAGAGGUCUUUCCUCAGACCCGCCGCGCCGACGCAUACACAUCCCACGCAGUAUUGCGGCAACAAGGAGCAAAAUUCAUUCACACCCACUAUCUGGACGUUGGCAAUUCUUCCAAGAUGAUCAGGGAGCAAAUAGCAGAGAAUGCCUCGACGCUACGAGACCUUGAGCAAUUUUAUCCCUAUGAGGGUAGCAUAAUAGAGGCAUUCUCUUCGGCAUGUGGCAAUGACGACGACCGCAUGUUUCUUACCUUUCCAAUGGGCGAAUCUUUCCGCGAAUUGAAUAUCUCUCCCGUCGAGUUCUCAAAUAGUGAAGGCAUUAAAUUGAUUGGCACCCCAGAACCUGCCUGGACAUUUCAUGCACCGAUCUACCAGAUUGCCGCUCCUUCAAUCGUCGCCGGCGGACGAACGGUAUCGACAAUAUUGGCCGUCAGAACCUGGGAUUCAGCUAAUCUGUUGAUCAUCGAACCACCAUCGACUCGACGCCCAUUCGAACUUCGUCAACUUGUUUCCUAUUCCCGAUCAGACGUGGAAGAUAGGUGUAUAGUCGACAUGAUGCCUAUACCUGGUUCGCUUGCAAUGUUGGUGAAUGACAAAGGCACCGUUUUUAAAUGUGUUCUUCGGGAUGACGCCGAAGCACUGCUGUUACCACAACCUCGGAUACUUCCCUCAGACAGUCUCGAUGACAAUAUGUGGAGAUUAGCACCGUGGAAUAACGAGGAAUCCUGUGUACUGAUGUCAGGACGUGCCAUACACCAUCUUGACUUACGGACGCAGGGUACUCAUCUCGAAUUGUACCAUACACGGCGGCCUUCGGAAUUGCUGACAGCAAUCGAGCACUUUCAAGAAGACCGGAUGAUCCGUCUCGUUUCUACGAACGAGAUCAUGUGGAUUGAUCAACGAAAUACGAAGCGCCCUGUGCUUGGUAUCAAACACGGGCGAGAAUCAGAAAGAACGCUGCGACCACAAACACAGAAUGUCGGAGGGGUACCCAUCACGUUUCUUACCUCUCGCCAAAACGGCCUCGUAACUGUCUAUGAUGUUUCUCGUUCAACUGACAACUUGGUUCACCUUCAUGCUCCUGCAUAUCCAUUACCGUCCAUGCAUACCCUUGGUCGCCGAAACCUUGGCCACAGCUUCCUCCACCAUCCAUCAGAUGACAAUGAAGAGAACGUCAGCAUUUUGCGGCUCACCGAUGUGGGAAGUAUACAACUGCUUGAGCUAAAUAUGGCCAAGGGUGGUGUAAGCCGUGACGCUGCGCGUUUGCCUCGCCAAUCGCCUGAACGAUCUGCUGAUUUUAACGCCUUGAGAGCGCGAAUGAGGGAUUCUUUACCUAAGCUAGGCCCCUUGGACUGGCGCAUGUUCAUUCAAAAAGACCUACAGAUCGUCUAUAAUAGGCUACUUUGCGCAAGGGAUGAUGCAUCCUCAUCAAGGAAUGCAGAUGCCGUAUUCGAGCUUCUAAAGAAGAUGUCGUCCUUUUGGCAGGAUGAAGACAUACCCAUCGAAUACACCUUGACAACCCAUGACAUUGCAUUCCGAUCAGGCGCUCGACCGAUUGAUGCGUCCAGGGAUGAUAUCUUCGCUGGAAACUCUCUCAACUCGAAAAGCGGUUUUCGUGCUCUAGUUGAAGACCACAUACCUGUCAACAUUUUGGCCAGCCGAGUGUCGUGGCACCUCAAUAUCGUCGAGUUUCUGCGAUCCUUCAUUCCUGACCUUCUGGACAAUCACGAUGCUACGCUGGAGAGUCUCGGUCGAUACGAUCUUUUAUCCGAGGGGGACAGGCCUGCAGAACCAUUAUAUAGGGAGCUAGAAGCCCGUGAACAGCUCCUGGUGGAUCUGUCAUUAUCAUCGGAUGUUUUCGCGCCAUGGUCGUUCGGAAGACCAGUGAAAACCAAUACCAACAGCUCCCCAAAAACUAUGCCGCGUGCUGCAGAAGCCAUGGCGGUUGUAGGGAGUGAACCCCCUCCCGUGCAUUUUGGGUUCCUGCAUCCUGUACCACAGGGGUCCGUCGACUCUCGCAAGACAGAGCGUAAACCGAGCCAACAGGUAUCGGAGAGCUUCACACCGCUUGGGGUCCGCCUUCUCCUUCAGGAAUGGGAAGUCGGCACGGAUCCUCAAGCCUACCACUACGAGGAUCCGUAUGGUGUCGUUUUGCCAAAGGCGCCGUCUGACUCGGAGCCAUCCAGAGUACGCCGAGCUGACACACCAGCUCUCGAAACCGCUGCGAUAUCUCAAAGGCCUCCAACGAUUGUGUCAGCAGCCGCCCCUGCUCCACCUCCUAUCGCCACAACCUGCCCUGCUGCACGGCGCGGUAUAGUUGCUACUAUUCCAGCCGUCGAGGUUGAGGGGAGAUCAAUUGUGGACAGCCGCAGCCAGCCCACAGAGAGUGCGAGGCUCGCAGGUGCUUCGUCGCGAAUUCCUAUGGCCAGUACUCAAGUGCUUCCUGGCCGUCAUGGCGGCAGACCUGCUCCGGCGAAGAAGCCUGCUAAGAGGGUCAGCGGUUUUUAAUUAGAAUGUAUUACAUAUGUGCGUCUUGUUUUCCUGUCAUUCUCUCCAUGUAGUCCUCAAUUGCCCCACCAUUCCAGUCGUUGGACAUUUGUGCAGUUCAUAAUUUGUGCGCUUGCGAGGGGGGUCCCUUUACGUUGCCUGCUAUGAUCUGUCUCACUGGCUAUUCCUUGCCUCCUCCAUGCUGUAUCCUGGCGACUUCCUUGAAAAAUGCAGCCUCCGGCGAAGGAGGGGGGUCAAGCGAACUUCGCAUCACAUCCUCCACAUGACAUGGUUCUGGGUCUGAUUGAGCUAUCUGUUCUCAGGGAUUCCUGCUUGUUAGGCCAAUA